AUGUCUUCUGAGAUCGCUAUCUUUUACAUUGAGGCUACGGGAUACAUUGGCGGCAGUGCCCUGCAAGCCAUCCUUGCGCACCCGGAGGCGGACACUUUCGAGAUCACCGCCCUGGUUCGAUCUGAAGCGAAGGCGAAAGCACUCGAGAGUGACCCCCAGUGA